AUGAAUCCAAGAAUUGCUAUUAUCGGCGCCGGCCCCUCUGGCCUUGCACUUGCUGGACUCCUCGAACGGCAGGGCAUCGAUUACGUGGUCUACGAGCGCAGCUCUGCCGAGACCCCACCUCGGGGCGGGUGCCUUGAUAUUCACCGAAGCAGUGGCCAGGAUGCUCUGAAAGAAGCUGGCUGUUUCGAGGAAUUCAAGAAAUAUGCGAGGUACGGCGAUGCAACUAUCCACUCGGUGUGGGACUAUCAGGGCAACCAACUUUUCACCUUCGGAGAAGGUCGCGAUUCACCCGAGAUCGAUCGAACGCAGUUGAAGCAAGUCCUACUGUCCGUGAUUCCAACGGCCAAAAUGCGUUGGUCGGCGGGUGUGGAAGCUGCCAACAGGAACGGCCAUGGCGAUGUUGUGCUGAUUUUCACCGAUGGGACAACAGUGUCCGGUUUCGAUCUUGUCGUGGGCGCAGAUGGUGCUUGGAGCAAGAUCCGGCCCUUGGUGACCGCAGCCGAGCCAAAAUACUCAGGCAUCGUCUUUCUCACCCUCUUGAUCCUACCUUCCCACAACUUCUAUCCAACCGUGGAGCAGAUAGCGGGACACGGGCCGAUGAUCGUCUUUGGUCGAGAAAAAUUGAUCUGGAUUCAACGCCAGGGAGACGGUCACUACCGCUUGGACGUGGGAUGGAAAGGGCCUGCGGACUUCCCUGUGGGCGAGAAGUUUGAUAUGGUGGAUGAGAAUGCUGUCAAAGAAUUUCUCCUCCAAGAUCAGCAAUUCGGCUGCCAUAGUUCUCCAGUCAAAGCAAUGAUUGAGGCGGCCACUGGACCGUUCCGAACGUGGCCAUUGCACUAUGUGCCCCCCGAGGAGCUUAACUGGACGUCUGCUUCCGGCGUGGUGUUGAUUGGAGAUGCUGCACAUGUCACGACGCCGUUUGUUGGCGACGGAGUCAAUUGUGCCCUGCGUGACUCCCUCGUCUUAUCUCGAAAGCUCAAAGAGUUUGGCGUCACUCGACAGGCUGUUGCGAGAUAUGAAGCAGACAUGUUUCCAUAUGCCCGUGAUAUGAUCACAAGAAGCCUCGCUGCUGGGGAGCUAUGCUUUGAAUGGGACAGUCCGAGAGGAUUUAUGAAAAUGAUGGCAUCUGACGAGCCUUUGGUCAAGAUGAGCCUCGACUACUGA